AUGACCUUAGAUUUCUUCUUCGUUCUUUUGUCAUUAUUUUCAUUGAUGUUUUGCAUUUUCUUUUUCUUUCGUGUUUUCUUUCUUCUUCAUUUUCAUUUUUUUUUUUUGCGUUCGUCUCUUUUGAUAUUUCUUAUUAUUUUCUCUUCCUUUUUUUUUCUCCAUGUUAAGGACUUUUUCUCCUCUUUGCAUUUUCAUUUCUUCUUUUUCUUCCCCUUCUUCACUUCUUCGUCAUCUUCUUCGUUUUCUUCUUCUGUUUUACUUUUUCUUUUUCUUCGUUUUCUUUUGUUCUUUUUCUUCUUCUUCCUCUUCACAUUCUUCACCUUCUCCGUCUUCUUCUUCUUCUUCCGUUUACUUCUUUUUCUUCUUCUUCCGUUAACUUCUUCUUCUUUCGUUUACUUCUUCUUCUUCCGUUUACUUCUUCUUCUUCUUCUUCUUCUUCUUCUUUGUUUCCUCUCCUUCCAUUUCUUCGUUUUCUAUUUCUUGAGCUGCCAUUUCAACUUUGCUCGUUUCCUUCUCUUUCUUUCUCCUAGUUUUACUCUCCCUCUCUCUCUCUCUCUCUAUCUAUCUAUCUAUCUAUCUAUCUCUCUCUCUCUAUCUAUCUAUCUAUCUAUCUAUCUAUCUAUCUCUCUUUCUCUCUCCCUCUCUCUCUCUAUAUAUAUAUACAUAUAG